AUGGAACUCCGAACGGGGCUCGUCUCUAUAAUUUUGGGCUUGAUGGUCCAGCCCGCGAUGGGUCGCAUUAUCUUCGAAGACCUCCAUCUUCUCCCGACCUACAUUAAAGCUCAUGGGGUGAUAAUGGCCCUGGCGUUUGGCGUCAUGAUGCCACUGGGUGUUAUCGCCAUCGGCUUUCUCAACAUUAGAGGCAGUAUAUGGAUACACGCGGCGUGGCAACUUAUCAGCUGGUGUUUGAUGAUAGCGGGGUUUGGGCUCGGGGUGCGGAUAGCGAGGAUCACAGACAAGGCCUACAACAAUGCCCACACCAAAAUAGGCACGAUCGUCGUCGCAAUGUUGCUGGUCCAACCGCUCUUUGGCCUGAUCCAUCACAUCCGCUUCCGAAAGACCCACAGACCCAAUGCUUGGACCCAUCUGCAUGUGUGGUAUGGACGGAUGUUGAUUCUACUGGGCAUCAUCAAUGGCGGAUUGGGGUUGCAAUUGGCAGCGAAUAGCAGGGGAGGUGAGAUCGCGUAUGGUGUUGUAGGGGGUAUCUUGGGCGCUUGUGUGUUGCUGGUGGCGGCUUGGACGGAAUAUAAGCGGUGGUUUCGGCCCAAAACGCCGUCACAGCCUCCUCCCGUGGCGGAGGCGCGGGGAUAG